CGUCAGUCGUUAACAGCAGAAUACUGCAACAGAACGCCAAAUUAAAAUCUCGAGGAACAAGAACCAAAUCACAUGUAAUAUUUAUAGACUUCAGAUUCACAUUAGUCUGUUCACUAGUUAGCCAAAUCAUUAGCUGGCUAGCUAGCUAGCUAAUUAGCUACCCACGUAGCUAUAAGAACCAUUGCUCAAAUAACGUUAGCUACUCCCUAAUUUGCUGGCAAGAGGGGGUUUCUUCAUUGCAUCUGCCAUCCAGCCCGAUUAUAAACAAGAACAAAAUGGGCUCAAUACUUAGUCGGAGGAUCGCGGGUGUUGAGGAUAUUGACAUCCAGGCUAACUCGGCAUACAGAUUCCCACCUAAAUCAGGGAACUAUUUUGCCAGUCACUUUUUCAUGGGAGGGGAGAAGUUUGACACACCUCAUCCAGAAGGCUACCUGUUUGGAGAAAAUAUGGAUUUAAAUUUCCUUGGAAAUCGUCCUGUACAGUUCCCUUAUGUUACGCCAGCACCUCAUGAGCCAGUUAAAACUCUGAGGAGUCUCGUCAACAUCAGGAAAGACUCCCUGCGUCUUGUAAGGUACAAAGAUGAUGCUGACAGUCCCACAGAAGAAGAGGCCAAGCCCAAGGUUCUGUAUGGGGUUGAGUUCACCUUCGAUUCAGAUGCACGAGUGGCCAUCACCAUCUACUGCCAGGCAUUUGAAGAAUUCAGCAAUGGAAUGGCUGUGUACACCCCAAAGGUUCCCACAUUGGUUUCUGAGACGGUGCACCACAAAAGAGGAGUGAGCCAGCAGUUUUCUUUGCCGUCCUUCAAAAUUGAUUUCACUGAAUGGAAGGAGGAGGAUCUAAAUUUUGAUCUGGACAGAGGUGUCUUCCCCAUAGUAAUCCAAGCUGUGGUAGAUGAGGGGGAUGAUUGCAUUGGACAUGCACAUGUAUUGCUGGCGGCCUUUGAGAGGCACAUGGACGGCAGCUUCUCUGUGAAACCUUUAAAGCAGAAACAAAUUGUUGACCGAGUGAGCUAUUUACUGCAGGAGAUCUACGGGAUCGAGAACAAAAAUAACCAAGAGACCAAGCCUUCAGAUGACGAGAACAGUGACAACAGCAACGAGUGUGUGGUGUGUCUGUCGGACCUGCGCGACACCCUCAUCUUGCCCUGCAGGCACCUGUGCCUCUGCAACUCCUGUGCGGACACUCUGCGCUACCAGGCCAACAACUGUCCCAUCUGCCGCCUGCCAUUCAGAGCCCUGCUGCAGAUCCGCGCUGUGAGGAAGAAGUCUGGAACUCUUUCCCCAGUCUCCUUUAGCCCUGUGCUAGCUCAGAACAUGGACCACGAUGAACACUCAAGCACAGACUCCGUUCCUCCUGGAUUUGAGCCCAUCUCGCUGCUGGAGGCGAUGAAUGGCCUGCGGCCCGUAUCUCCAGGGAUCCCCUCCGCCCCCCUCUAUGAUGAGAUCAACUUCUCCGGCAGCGUAGGCGGGGAUAGCAGGCCACACAGCCCUUCGGAGCUAUCGGGGGACAGCGCUCUGCAGAAGGGCAAAGUCAGCAAGUCACCUGACAGCACUCUCCGGUCCCCAUCCUCACCCAUCCAGGAGGAGGAUGAAGAGAAACUGUCGGAGCUGUCCGACGCCCAGCCUCACCCAACCCUGUCCAGCAGCCCAGUGCCCACAGAGCAGGCCACUGCAACAGAGGAUAUCCCACUCCAGUCCAUCACGCCUGACGAUGAGGAAGGUCUGAUGUCUGAACAGGAGAUCUUACAAGACUGCAGCAGCGAGCACAGCAGCCUGACCAAGACGGAUAGUGACCCUCCAGGAGACCUUUCCCUCCCAGGGUCGUCAGAGUCCACGGAGAGCCUGAAGAGCGAGAGCACCAACGGCUCCAGCCAGCCUCUCCUGUGCCCUCAAAGCGGUUUGCACAUGGAGGACGAAUAGCUUGACCCGCCCUUUGACACCAGGCAUCCACCCUCCGUCUGAAUUCCCCCAGCGUUCUUCUUUCCCAGUACUCCACAGUACAUUUCCAGCGCAUUCCCGCUUCUCUCCCUCAGACCUUCCUGAAAUCAAGCUUGAGUGCUCUGCUAUGCUCUGGAUCUCACGUUUGUCCACAUCAGUAAAUCAAGUCUCUCCCCCUAAGACUAAACCUCUGUACAUGUCUGGCUGUUGGCAUGACUCUUUGGUUGGAGAUGCUAAAACUCAUCCCUUAUUGGGGUAACCUUUCAAGAGGUAGACUGUCUUAAAACACCCUUCGUGAUGAGUUUUGAAGUACGGAUGACUCUAACCAUAGCCGUAUUCACCACUAAUCGAAUGACAUUAUGCAAGUGUAGUAAUCUGUGAUGUAAAAUCUUAAUCUGUUUGGUCAUGUUCUCAUUUCCAUUCUAUGAAGUCACUUUUUGCAAACAUGCACUUAGUGAAUUUUAAAAGCUUUCAUUUCUCACCUCUGAGGAAAAAGAAGGAUGGGAUUUCUAUUUCAGGAUAUGACAUGCACCUCUACCCAUGUGUAGGAUAUGAUAGACCUUCGCCUGGACCAGAACUAAUUCUGCCAGUCUCAUGAUCUAGUGAAGUUUGUGUAACACUCAUCUUGCUUUCCUUAGGUAACAUUUGUAAGAAGAUACGGUUUAAUCCUUUUUCCAAGUUUUUGUGUGGAAAGUCAUGCCUGUAAAGUUCAACUAGUGGAAUUCUUUGCGGUGUUAUCUGUAAAUGUGUACAUUUUAACUGUUUAUAAUUGAGAAGUAUGGUAAGGCAGUGCAGCUGAUAUCUUAUUAUUAUUUAUAUUAGGUAUACUUGUAUAUUCUUGACAUAAUGUUGACGUCUGUGCACAAGUUGCGUCAUUUGCUGAUUGAGGCAAACUGUGUGAUGUUUGUUUGUUUGUUUGUUUGUUUGUCUGCCUGGCUGAAACAUCUUGUUGACAGUGUGCAGCAUAAUGCUCAGAUCACGGUGAAGUAUUGUUAAAAGUUGAAAACACAUCAAUUCACAAGCACACCCCAGUGACCGGUGUAACAGGAUGAGAUGGUGUAGUUGCUACAGUGCCCUUGAGUAUCUUUGAGUGUGUUGGCUGUCCUGAGUCCUGUAAAUGUAGCAUUAAUCAUAUAGGUAUAUGUGCCUUUCUAUAGAGCAAACAUGGCUACGUGUUGCUUGGGACUUUUGUGUUCUUGUAAAAGGACCACUUGUUAAGCCCAUAAGAAAGACUUUUUUUUUAUUGAUAAUGUACAGACAUGUGAGUGAACUCUAAACUGGAUAAUAUUGAUUUAUUUCAACAGCAGUGUUUAAUAGCAUAUAUAUAUAUAUAUUAUAAUUCAUCUGUAAUAACAAGGUGUAAUAUGCUUUAAUGUUAAGCUUUGUGUACUAUCUUAAUGAGGUAUGGAAAUAUAUGCUUUUCUGAUUAGAAGAGCAUCUCACAAAGUUUCCAUGGUAAUAGCCUGUGUAUCAGCUUUUCUGUCUGCUGACAUUCCCUUUCCCCUGAUAUUAACCAGAGACCUCUCUGUUUCGCAACAGUAACAGGAAACAUAAGCACCAGCUUAUUUCUCUUGUGGGCUUAUUUAUAGAGUUUUAUUUCACACUUUAAACUCACAGUUACUAAACUAUUCUCAUGUGCCAUCUCAGUAUACUGAUACACCGUGCCUUCUCGUUCCUGUUCUAAGUAUUAUUGACCUGGUAUCCAGGGUAACACUGCACUGGGUCAUUCAUUGUUUUAAGCGCAAGCUCAAGAUACUUUUGUCCUAGUUGGUGUAGAGGCAUGUGGAAACCUAAUAAAGCUUAACGUUUCAGUAA